AUGACCACUACAUCUGAAUCACCUACUACGACAACUGCAACUUCCGCUCCUACGACAACCACAACUGCAACUCCUUCUACAACAACUUUAGAUCCUACUACCACUACAACAGAAGCGCCUACAACGACAACUGUAGCUCCUACGACUUCUACAACUGAUACUGAAUCCCCUACAAUGACAACUGCAACUUCAGCUCCUACGACAACCACA